GUGUGGAUGUACUGUGCAGUCCGCCGUGUCUCCGUGGCGCAGGACAGGACGGGUCGCCACGCCUUCAGGGACGCGCCGCUUCACCGGAACCGAGCUGCCCUCAUCCCGGACCUUCAGCCAGCCGCUAACCCGCAGACGGUUUGCCCUCUCACAUCCCCGCACACUGCGCCUCCGGAGUCCGGCUCCGACUUCUCUCCCCCCCCUCCCCUCCACCCCCCUUUACACUGAUGCCAGCUGAUCUGUAAUCAAUCUGGGAAUAUCUGGCGGUUCCAUCGAUUUGACAUCAAGUCGGAUCAAACAUGGGGAUCAAAGUGUAGUGCGGUCAGGAAUGCCCCAGACUGUGUGCUCAGGCACCAUGUUUACCACUCCCAGUGGCUUCAGCCCUCAUCUGGCCUGUGCUGAGCCUGGGGAGGAGGAGGAGGAAGCCCCGCAGGAAGGCCCGGGGCCCGGGGCUUGCCUGGCUGAUGGGCCCGCGAUCACCUCCGCCUCCCUGGACACCCUGAUCCAGAACCUGGUGCCCACUGCCGACUACUACCCCGAGAAAGCCUAUGUGUUUACCUUCUUGCUGAGUGCUCGUCUGUUCAUUCCUCCUCCGGAGCUGCUGGCGAGGGUGUGUGAGCUGUGCAUCAAACAGCAGCAGCUGGAUCAGAGCCCACUCGAUACGGCGAAAGUGCGCAAGUUUGGUCCCAAGAUCCUGCAGCUGCUGACAGAAUGGACAGAGACGUUCCCGUCCGACUUCAGGGAUGAGAAGAUGGUCGGACACUUUAAAGACAUCAUCCACAGAAUAGCUCCGUGUGAUGAGGCGUACUGGAAAACCCUGAACCAGGUGCUGCAGAAACUUAGCCAGAGGCUGGCCCUGAUGAGCCAGGGGGAAGAGAGCAUUGUCAAGGUCUCCCUCAACGCCUCCUCUAUCUCUGACAAGCUGGUGGCCUUCAAGACCAAGCCUCCGCCCAUCCAGAAAGACAUGCUCUCCAUCUGCAACGACCCCUACACACUGGCACAGCAGCUCACCCACGUGGAGCUGGAACAUUUGAGUCAUAUCGGACCGGAGGAAUUUGUCCAGGCCUUUGUUCAGAAAGACCCACUAGAUGGAACACAGCCAUGCUUCAGUGACCAAAAGAAGAAAACCACCAACCUGGAGGCUUAUGUCAGAUGGUUCAACAGACUGUGUUACCUGGUAGCUACAGAGAUCUGCAUGCCAGCGAAGAAGAAGCAGAGGGCCCAGGUUAUCGAGUUCUUCAUCGACGUGGCCAGGGAGUGUUUCAACAUCGGAAACUUCAACUCCCUCAUGGCUAUCAUUUCUGGCAUGAACAUGAGUCCCGUGUCACGUCUGAAAAAGACCUGGGGCAAAGCCAAGACUGCCAAGUUUUUCAUUCUUGAGCAUCAGAUGGAUCCUACGGGGAACUUUUACAACUACAGGACUGCCCUGCGGGGGGCCGCCCAUCGCUCUCAGACUGCCAACAGCAACAGAGAAAGGAUUGUGAUUCCCUUCUUCAGUCUGCUGAUAAAAGACAUUUAUUUCCUGAACGAAGGAUGUGCCAAUCGGCUGCCCAACGGCCACGUCAACUUUGAGAAAUUUGUGGAGUUGGCACGGCAGGUUGGGGAGUUCAUGACGUGGAAACAGGUGGAGUGUCCAUUCGAGGAGGACCGGGCCAUCCUACACUACCUCCACACUGCUCCCAUCUUCAGCGAGGAUGGACUCUAUCUUGCAUCCUACGAGAGUGAGAGUCCAGAGAACCAGGUAGAGAAAGACAGAUGGAAAGCACUCAGGUCUAACGUCCUGGGAAAGACAUGAGGCGCUGACGGCAGCUAUCCCUCCCACCAACGAGGGGACGCGUGUUCUCUUUGCACUAAACUGAACUGUGAAGGAACCUAGCUGGUACUUAGGUGUUUUUCUAUGAAGAAAUGGUGAUAAAACAAACAAACAAACAAACAAAAAAAGAAACAGGAUGAACAGGAUUCAUCAAGAAGAGUGUUAACAAAAAAAUAUGAAAAAAUGAACACAUUAGAAAAGUGAAGUGAAAAUGUUAAGCUAAAGAAACUGGAGCAAAAAUCCCUUUGCAGGAUAUGAGGUUACAGUGUGUCGGAGAGGGACGCAGCUUCUCCAUCCCCCUCCCCUCGAUGUGUGUUUACUCUGUGAAGAUGUUUACUACUAUAGGGAGUACAGUUACAGGGAAACCCACUUUAUAAGAUGAAAUUCCUACUGAUGUUGGUUGUUGUUUUUGUAUUUGCUCCUCUCCCCCUUUUCUCCCUCUUUCACUUCCCCUUUAGUCCGAAGCCUUGGCUAGGUAUUUAAUUUAACUUUUAUU